CCAGUGUCACAGCGUAAUUGUCCCGCUGCAAACUGAAAUAUUGGUUCCCGCUAUCAAAACAACAUCAUGCUGUGAUUCAUACUUUUAUUUUGCGAUACUUCUUUUACUGUUCCUUUUUGCUGAGCUCCAAAAACAUGAACGGGGUUUUAAACAAACUUAACACUUCGCACAUUUUAUUAUUUAUGCUGUACCUUUCAAAUGUUUUGAGGUCUGCGAUAACACAAGAAAAUGAUGACCUACUGCAGUUUGGGUCAGCAGAUGAUGAAGCGUCUGACUUGGAGAACAUCCCCAAAUUUGUGGAGUCUGAAGAGCAGGACUCUUUGCCAAAGAGGCAGUUCAAGACAGCUGAGAUUGCAGAUGCUGUGAUGGGGACUGAAGCCCCCAUCGAUCCAUCUGACAUUGAGUCUCUCUUCCCUAAAAAUAUGAAGAACUACCAGACAGGUUUCUCCCCGCCUUGUGAUGAGGGCCAGUGUGCUUCACCCGAUCUGAGCACUGAAGGAGUGUCACUGGACGAGAGGAACACAAAAUUACCACAGCAGGUGACUCUGGAAAUGGUACAUGCAGACGUUAUAGCAACUGAGGAGCAAAACACCACAGAGACAGCAAAGAUGUACAAGGUCAACUGUGAUAAAAGGAACACCACAGGAAUGGACACCUUCACAGUGCAAAUCCUCAAUGCUACACAGGACUUAACAGAUUUCCUGAAUGCCAACAGUACAGAGUGCUCUGUGGUGCUGUUCUUCACCACCUGGUGCCAGUUUUCAGCAACCCUGGCACCACACUUCAAUGCCCUGCCUCGAGUGUUUCCCAGUAUGCACUUCUUGGCACUGGAUGCCUCUCAGCACAGCAGCCUUUCCACGAGGUUUGGGACAGUGGCGGUUCCCAACAUCCUGCUCUUCCAAGGAGCCAAACCCAUGGCCCGCUUCAACCACACAGAGAGGACACUGGAGACGCUUAUGUCCUUCCUUGUUAAUCAGACAGGGAUUGAAGCUGGUCCAGACAGAAACGUGACAGAAGCAGACCGCCUCGGUCCACUUUCCAGCGUUGCUGUGAAGAACAUUGAUUGGUUGCUGGUCUUCUCUGUCCUUUUCAUCACUGGCUUCACAAUGUAUGCCAUCCUGCGGACAGACAGCAUUCGCUGGCUCAUACCAGGACAGGAGCAUGAGCAUCAGGACUGAAAAUAGAGACUGCAAGUCACUAGAUGUACAAAUUUGUUGGAUAACCUACUGAGUUUGCUUUUAAAACAUUUGGUAAUUUGCUAAAUUUUGAUGUUUGCUGAAGAAACUACUUUAUGUUAGUGAUGGUGUCUAAUUUUUAGUAAAAAGCACAUAAUAAUAGUAA